UGUUUUGGAAAAAAAAGUUGCACUAACAGAAAAGGCCAAGUUCAGCAUUAAGAAGGACCUCUGGGUUAACUCCCUGAAAGACAAUUUAGGGUUUGCGUAACCUUCUGAGAAGAGAAAGAGAAGAUGACUGGAUAUGAAACUGAGAAAUCAGAGGGGUACCAUCGUGUGAAUUCACAUAUAAAAAAGGAUGAGGAAAGUAAUGGAAGCAUCAGUGUAUACCCAAGCAGACACAAAACAGUCAGUUUGAAACCUCCAUUUGGUUUGCAUUUUUGUGUCAAACGCACGCCAGCUUUUUACGUAGCGUCUGUGAGUGUGAUACUUAAUCUCAUUCUGAUCAUUACCAUCCUCAGUUUAUCAGUGGGAGCAAGGGGACCAUCUCCAGCCCUUCCUACUUGCCCAGUAGUCUCCUGUCCAAAUGGCUGGGUUGGAUACCAAGAAAAAUGCUACUAUUUUGCAAAAGCUGCAGGAAACUGGAUGUCUAGCAAGAAACACUGUUCUUCUCUCAAUGCUUCUUUGGCUGUGGUUGAUUCUCAAGAAGAGAUGGAUUUUAUGAUGCGCUACAAAGGUUUUUCAGACCACUGGAUUGGCCUCCAAAGAAAUUUAAAUCAGCCCUGGGAAUGGACCAAUGGUAGUAUUUUCAACGGCUGGUUUGAAAUUCCUGGAGGAGAAAACUGUGGAACUAUGAACCAACAAGGUAUUGCCAGCUCCCACUGCUCAGGAGAAGAACCUUGGAUCUGCAGUAAACCACUUGUGAAGUAACAAAGGGUGGCACAUCCGGCGCAUGUGCAUCUAAUCUCUAAGAAAAAUAUUUGUGGAAGUGUUUAUAAUAUACCAGACCCCUGUUUCGUCUUCACCUAAGCAGGGUGUGGGGGUAGGUGUCUAGAGGUCUUCCGCUAUAGGAGGAGACCUGUUGUCCCCCACGUGUGGGUGGUUUUCAUGGUCCUUCUGCUGUGGGAAACUAGACAUUCUGGGACAUGGGGGACCUGUAACAAUAUUGUGUCAAUCACUAGAAGACAAAAUAGCUCCCCAGUGUCAAAACUGCUAAUGUUUUGGGACUGGUCGAGGAUUCCUACAGGGACUUUAAGGU